GUUGGUUGGAGCCUUAUGUAUUUCGUAUGCCAGAAGUCACUGGUCAGAACCACUGUUUUUCGUAAACUUAGAAACUCUAUAAAAUUCCCCGUAAAUAUGCCAUGCAAACCCCAAACUCCCGUCCUUGUAAAACACCGUAUUCAAUUCCUAGGGUUCCCGCACGAAAAGAAUGGUGGUUUCGAGCGGUGGUCGAGGUUUCCGUGGCGGCGGAGGGGGGCAUUACUCCUCAUCUCGUUCCAAAAGCGAUUCUUUUGUAAGAUAUGCUGCAGCUGGCAAGGGAUUUAGCUUUGGCUCUGGUUUUUCCUCAAACUUGUCACCUGACGAGCUUGAAAGUAAAAUUCGUCGUUGCGCGGGCCUCAUAGAGUAUUAUGAAAGGAAAGAGAGCAGUAGAAAAGAGAGCAUAAGUCGAAAACAUGAGCUGAGUGUGCUCAUCCCGUUUUUCCGUUUCCCGGAGAUUGAACCGUUGGAUCGUCGUGAUUUUUGGACAGCAGCUUCACAGCAUCUGGGCCAACAUUCUGGACGGUGGAGAUCGGGUUUUGAGGUCCGGAGGUCGGAUUUCGUUGGUCUGGACAGUAGCUAAUUUUCUGGUGAUAUUUUUCUUAUCUUGGCUCUAUUUGAUUCCAUACACCUUGAUGUGCUUACUUCCAAGGAUAUGAUGAAUGUGUAUGCCUCUAGUAUUAUCUAGAGAAGACUUUGUACUGCUCCUUUGAUGAUGAUAGUGGAUUUAAGCGGCCAAAAUGGUCCCGUGGUUUUUCCCUAGUUAACGGGUUUUCCACGCUAAAAUUCCGGUGUUUGUGUGUGGUGUGUGCUUACUGUUUUAGCUGAAUAUAUUGGUGUGUCGCAGCAACUUGUGUGUGUUCUAAUUGCAUUAAGAACACCCUAUUUGUUUGCAUCCUCAAAGAUUCAUUCAAGUUGGGGAAAGUUUAGCCAAACGGAGAUUAAUUCCAUUUUAUUAGUUCCGUUUGUGGCUGUUUUUCCCCAUCAAAUUGGUAUCAGAGCCGGGUUCUUCUGUAUUGGGUUAGACUUGUUUGAAUGAUGGAAGCAAACACAAGUAGGAUGAUCAAUUUGAAUGGUUCUAAUUAUCAUGUUUGGAAAGGCAAAAUGGAAGACCUACUUUAUGUGAAGGAUUAUUAUUUGCCUGUGUUUACUACUGAUAAACCUGAGAGUAAAACAGAUGCAGAGUGGAAUAUUUUGCAUAGACAGGUUUGUGGGUAUAUUCGCCAAUGGGUUGAUGAUAAUGUUUUGAACCAUAUUAGCGGGGAAACUCAUGCUCGCAGUUUGUGGAACAAGCUUGAACAGUUGUAUGCUCGAAAGACCGGGAACAAUAAAUUGUUCUUAAUAAAACAGAUGAUGAGCUUGAAAUACCAUGAUGGAACUCCUGUUACUGAUCAUUUGAAUUCUUUUCAGGGAAUCAUAAAUCAACUUGCAGGAAUGGGUAUCAAGUUUGAAGAUGAGAUACAAGGCUUGUGGCUCCUUGGCACUUUACCGGACUCAUGGGAGACUUUUAGGACAUCAUUGUCCAACUCUGCACCAGAUGGUAUUAUCACCAUGGAAUUAGCUAAAGGCAGUGUUUUAAAUGAAGAGAUGAGAAGAAAGUCACAAGGUUCCUCUUCACAUUCUGAUGUCUUAGUUACAGAAAGCAGGGGGAGAAGUCAGAGUAGAGGUCCAGGUAACAAAGGGAAGCAUCGAAGUAAAUCCAAAGGAAAAUUUGCUGAUUUUGAGUGCUAUCAUUGUGGUAGAAAAGGCCACACAAAACGGUUCUGCAGGCAAUUGAAAAAGGAGAAGAAGAAGAGCGAUUAUAACAAUCAAAAGAACCAUAAGAAAGAUGAGGGUGGUAAUGGCAAUGUUGAAGUUAACACUACUACCGAUGAGUUCCUUAUUUGUUCUGAUCUUGAUAUGGUCAACAUUACACAUGAUGAUUCCAGUUGGGUUGUUGAUAGUGGUGCUACGUGUCAUGUAACAUCACAGAGGGAUUUUUAUUCAUCUUACACUCCAGGUAACUUUGGUAAUGUUAGGAUGGGUAAUAAUGGACUAUCAAAGAUUGUAGGCAUCGGAGAUAUUUGUUUGAAGUUUGACACUGGGAUAGAGUUGGUUUUACAUAUUGUAAAACAUGUUCCAGAUAUGAGACUUAAUUUGAUCUCCGCAGGCUUACUUGAUGAUGAUGGUUACAGCAACAACUUUGGUAAUGGAAUAUGGAAACUCACUCGUGGUUCUUUGAUCGUGGCUAGAGGUAAAAGAUGCUCAAAGUUGUACAUGACACAUCCGAAGAUCUUCAAGGAUAGGGUCAAUGCUGUGGUGAAUACUGACAUGACUGAUUUAUGGCAUAAGAGACUUGGUCACAUGAGUGAAAAGGGGAUGUCUCUUUUGUUGAAGAGAAAUGUGUUACCGGGUGUGCAUGAUAUUCAUUUAAAGAAGUGUUCGCACUGUUUGGCAGGUAAACAGAACAGGGUUUCCUUUAAGAGCCAUCCUCCUUCCAGGAAGGAGAGUAUACUUGAUCUGGUGCAUUCUGAUGUUUGUGGUCCUAUGAAGACUAGGACACUUGGUGGUUGCUCCUACUUUGUCACAUUCAUUGAUGAUCACUCCAGAAAGGUUUGGGUUUAUACCUUGAAAUCUAAAGAUCAAGUAUUUGAGGUGUUUAAGCAGUUUCAUGCCUCGGUUGAGAGACAGACUGGAAAGAAGCUCAAGUGUAUUCGGACAGAUAAUGGAGGGGAAUACAUUGGACCCUUUGAUGCUUAUUGUAGAGACCAUGGUAUUCGACAUCAAAAGAGUCCUCCCAAGACACCGCAGUUGAACGGAUUAGCAGAGCGGAUGAACAGAACUUUGAUGGAGCGUGUCAGAUGUUUGUUGUCGCAUGCAGGGCUGCCAAAUUCAUUCUGGGGAGAAGCUUUGAAUACAGCGGUACAUGUUAUUAAUCUAACUCCUUGUGUUCCUUUGUCUUUUGAUGUACCUGACAGGGUUUGGAGUGGCAAAGAUGUUUCUUACCGUCAUUUGAGGGUCUUUGGAUGCAAAGCUUUUGUGCACAUUCCUAAAGAUGAAAGAUCAAAGCUUGAUGUGAAGUCCAAACCAUGUGUUUCUUGGGUUAUGGCCAAGAUGAGUUUGGUUACAGAUUAUAUGAUCCAGUCCACAAGAAACUUAUUCGAAGCCGAGAUGUUGUGUUUGUGGAAGAUCAGACCUUGAAAGAUGUCGAGAAGAAAGAUACAGUUCCUCAACAUAAUGAUGAUGUUACUGAUUUGGAUCCAGUGCCUCCUCAGCAUGUAGAACCACCUCUUGAUAAUGAUGUUCAGAAUGAUGAACAACAUGAUACUGAUGCUCCAGAACAGCCAGAGGUGGAUGAAGAAUUUCAUUCAGAGAUACCAGUACCAGACGUGCCACCAUUUAUCCCACUUAGGCGGUCUACAAGAGAUCGUCAUCCUUCCACCCGUUUUUCACCUAAUGAGUAUGUCUUACUCACUGAUGGGGGAGAGCCUGAGUGUUAUGCAGAGGCCAUGGAAGAUGAGCACAAAAGGGAAUGGGUUGAAGCCAUGCAAGAUGAGAUGAAUUCCUUACAUGAAAAUAAUACAUUUGAGUUGGUGAAGUUGCCUAAAGGCAAGAGAGCUUUGAAGAACAAGUGGGUCUACAAAGUGAAGACUGAAGAGCACACCUCACAACCUAGGUACAAGGCUAGAUUGGUGGUCAAAGGGUUCAGUCAGAGAAAGGGUAUUGAUUUUGAUGAGAUUUUCUCUCCGGUCGUGAAGAUGGGAUCUAUUCGUGUUGUUCUGGGUUUGCUCUAAAACGCCUUCAAAAAGAUUGCGCUGAAUUCAAGUCUGUUUGGGGUGAAUGGUGGUCACGUGAACUGAAGAAAGACUUUUGCGAGAGACAAGCAAGCCAAUUCCAAAGGUUGGUGAAUGGAUUUCCUCCUGGCCAUCCUGCCAAGGAAUUGAAUGACCUUCUCAGAACUACCGGUAUUGUAGAGGAUUACCGUAUACUCCUCAAAGAGAUGUGUGGCAUUGGGACUGAAGCGACUACUUAAGUAAUACUUCGUAGUAUUACACGUGCUUUGCACGGAAAUGCACCAAUUACAUAUAAAAUAAUGUUAUUUUACCAUCUUCCCUCAGUCGUCUGUGUUUUAAGGAGUAUGAACUUAUGUAUAAAGAAUGGUAAUAUUCAUUUAAAGAAAAUAAAGAAUUUGUAUAAUUAGACCAUUUCUUAUAAAUG